AUGCAAGUGAUCAGCUUGUCGUCUUAUCCAAAAAUGUACGCAAUCUACAAUUUUCUAAAUUAUAUUGUAGUCCUCGCUGCGCUUGUCGCCAUCUCCUCUGCCAAACCCGCAUUGGUAAGCGCCCCGUUAGUAGCAGCUGCACCUGCCGUAGUCACAGCGUCCAGCUCGCAGUACUACCACCGCUAUAACAGCGGUUUAGCUGCCUACGUUGCUGCACCCGCUGCCUACGCUGCACCUUACAUUGCCGCUCCGUACGUGUCAGCUCCGUACGUGUCAGCUCCGUACGUCUCAGCGCCGUACGUCGCUGCACCCGCUCCCAUCGUUGCCGUUUAA